AUGUUGUGCCGGGAGCGGCCCGCGAGGCCUUGGCGCUCCGAACUUGCAUGCUGUAUGAUGUACCGCGGAGACGUAGUGCCCAAAGAUGUGAACGCUGCGGUAGCUACUAUAAAGACCAAGCGCACCAUUCAAUUCGGCGGCGAUUGGUGCCCCACGGGCUUCAAGUGCGGCAUCAACUAUCAGCCUCCCGCAGUGGACCCUGGUGGCGACCUGGCCAAAGUCAUGCGCGCCUGCUGCAUGAUCAGCAACUCCACCGCCAUCGCAGAGGUCUUCUCGCGCAUCGACCACAAGUUCGACCUCAUGUGCUCGAAGCGCGCGUUCGUGCACUGGUAUGUGGGCGACGGCAUGGAGGAGGGCGAGUUAUCCGAGACUCGCGAGGACCUGGCGGCGCUGGAGAAGGACUACGAGGAGGUGGGCAUCGAGACCGCAGAGGGCGAGGGCGAGGAAGAGGGCUACGGCGACGAGUUCUGA